AUGGCCACUAUUAUCACUGACUACGACUGCGUAAACGCGGCAGGAACCGGUAUUGCUUCCAUUCGUCAGGCAAUAACCGACGGUGCAAGCGGCCUUCGACGCAACAAUUUUCCCGGCUCUAAUCUGGAUACCUGGAUAGGACGGGUAGCGGAAGUGGAUCACCAGCAGCUCGGCGUCUGGCAAAGCCGCAACAAUGCCCUCGCCAAUAUCGGCCUAAACCUUGGCACAAUUCAAGAAUCCAUUGACGCGAUCAAACGAAAGUAUUCGUCAGAGCGUGUAGGUAUCGUGAUGGGCUCAAGCACAUCGAGCAUUGACCGAACCGAAACUGCUUAUGCAGACCUUGGUACAGACGGCGAAAUGCGCGCCGAGUUCCGCCAGCCACACGUGCAUAACCCCCAUGCACCGAGUCUGUUUGUUGCCGAGCGCACCGGUAUCACCGGCCCGGCAAUUACGAUCAACACCGCGUGUUCUUCAUCAGCGAAAGUGUUUGCCACUGCUGCACGCUGGAUCGAUCUGGGGUUGAUCGAUGCAGCGGUUGUGGGCGGUGUCGACACAUUGUGUCUGAGCGUACUGCACGGAUUUCACUCUUUGCAGCUGGUAUCUGCGCAACCCUGUCGGCCGUUUGAUGCUGAUCGCGACGGUAUUAAUCUAGGUGAAGCCGCAGGCUUUGCAGUGCUGGUUCGGGCGGAUUCCAACAACGUGGACGAUAUUUCGUAUCCGCGACUAACCGGCUAUGGCGAAAGUUCCGACGCACAUCAUAUGUCCGCACCGCAUCCGCAAGGACUCGGUGCCAAAGCCGCGAUUGAACAGGCGCUCGGCCUCGCGGGGCUCGCGCCGCGGGAUAUUGAUUACAUUAAUUUGCAUGGCACCGCGAGUCAGGCCAACGACACCGUGGAGGGCGCUUUGAUCGGCUCGAUGUUUCCAGAUACCACGCUCUGCUCUUCGACCAAAGGCUGGACCGGACAUACCCUGGGCGCAGCCGGCAUUACUGAAGCGCUAAUCGCACUCGACACUUUCAAAACUGAAGUCAUUCCAGGCAACCUGAAUCUGCUAAAGCUGCAGCAAGGAUUAGAUUUAUCCAUAACAGGUGACAACCGCCAAAAAACAGUUUCCCAUGUGAUGUCAAACUCCUUCGGGUUUGGUGGCAAUAACUGCUGCCUGGUGUUCAGUCGCAGCGAGUGA